AUGGGAAGUGCCUUCUCUCUUUACUCUACGUUUUAUGUGGAUUGGAAAAUGACUGUGUCAGUUUUUCAGGGCAAGGGCAAAGAAAAGGUUGGUCAUCCCAUUCCUUCCCAUCCAACUUGGGUUCCUCCAGCAAGAGGAUUCAUGAAGCUGAAUACAGAUGGUGCUUGGAAAGGAAUUGAUAAGGCUGGUGGUGGGGGUGUUUUACGAAAAGAUUCAGGAGAGUGGUUCUUGGGCUACUCAAGCAAGUACAAUGCCAAAACACCUUUAGCAGCUGAGCUCUUGGCUUUGAGGGAGGGACUUGCGGUAGCUAAAGCGUUUGAUGUGGACAAGAUUGAAGUGGAAACUGAUGCUGAUUCUUUGAUCUUUAUGCUGGAUACCUCGACUGUCAACCCAUAUCCUCACCACGAGCUAGUAGCAGUUAUUGAAGAUGUUAGAAACCUGUUGGUUGGUUCCUGGGACCUUCAGAUGAGGCAUAUUCCUCGCCACAAAAAUUUGGUUGCUCAUGGGCUUGCUGCCUGCUAUGGAAAUGGCAGUUGGGCACAAGUCUCAUUUUGA